AUGUAUAAAGGAUUUACACGUAUACUAUCUCUUCAUUGUGCAGAUAAAAUACAGCCAUGUGUUCCUCCUAUUAUUAGAAAUAAUGUGUUUACGCGAAAAGGUGGUCAUAAUAUAGGUUAUAUUUUUCUACGAACGAAGAGGCACGAUAGGGGUCCUUCGGCUCUGUUUGUUCCCGUACCAGUAAAACCCAACCCUGAUGACAUAAACAUUGGGGCAGAAAUCACAGGAAGUCUGAAGAAGCAAGAUCUGCUUAAGAUCCUUAACAAAUUCUACCAGAAACCAGAGGUCAGAGUGUUGGCUUCAGAGAAUGGGUUAGAUGAACAGUUGUUGCAUCAGGCUUUUUUGUCGUUCAGAAGGCAUUGUUUAGAACAUGAUCUCCCACCUGAUUUACACAUAAUAAUAAGUGAUAUAAUACAAGGUGCUGGUCAUGUGGAUGAUUUGUUUCCAUACUUCCUACGACAUGCAAGACUGGCAUUCCCACACUUAGACUGUUUAGAUGACCUGAAAAAAAUAUCUGACUUAAGAACACCUGCAAACUGGUAUCCAGAAGCAAGAGCAAUAAAUAGGAAAAUAAUAUUCCAUGCGGGUCCCACCAAUUCUGGGAAGACUUAUCAUGCCAUGGAGAGGUUCUUGAAUUCAAAGUCUGGAGUUUAUUGCGGCCCCCUCAAACUAUUAGCAACUGAAAUUUAUCAUAAGUCUAAUAAACAUGGAACACCAUGCGAUCUAAUAACGGGUGAAGAAAGAAGACAUGCAUCGUUAUUCAACUCGUUAACUGCAAUAGAUGAGAAACACAUUGACAUACCUGAUGAAGGCAGCUUGCAACUCAAUGCUACAGAGCUAACUGCAUCCAAUCAUGUCGCGUGUACCGUUGAAAUGACGUCAAUAAAUAACAAAUAUGAAGUAGCAAUUAUAGACGAAAUUCAAAUGAUUGGUGAUAGAGGAAGAGGGUGGGCGUGGACAAGAGCAAUAUUAGGACUACAAGCUGAUGAAAUCCAUUUGUGUGGUGAAGCUGGUGCUAUAGGUUUAAUAGAAGAAAUUUGUAAUACCACUGGUGAAGAAUUAGAGGUACGCAGUUACAAAAGGCUAACAGAAUUGAAAGUAGAGGACUCGGCGCUAGGUUCACUGGACAAUGUGAAGCCGGGAGACUGUAUAGUAUGUUUCAAUAAGAACGACAUUUACAGUGUAAGUCGAGCCAUUGAACAGAGAGGACAAGAAGUAGCAGUGAUAUAUGGUAGUCUACCGCCCGGCACCAAGCUGGCACAAGCUAAUAAGUUCAAUGACCCCAACAGUUCUUGUAAGGUCAUGGUUGCUACCGAUGCUAUUGGACUUGGUAUUAAUUUGAGCAUACGGCGAAUAAUAUUUUACUCUUUAAUAAAACCAGUGGUGAAUGAAGAUGGUGACAAGGAAAUGGAUGUGAUCAGUAUAUCUCAAGCUUUACAAAUUGCUGGUCGUGCGGGCCGCUAUGGAAGUGCUUGGGAGACUGGCUACGUCACAACGUACAAACCAGAAGAUCUGGCGACGUUGAAGAAAUUGCUCGCCAACUCACCCGACCCUGUCACACAAGCUGGACUCCAUCCAACCGCUGAACAAAUGGAACUAUACGCCUAUCACUUACCUCAUGCCAGUCUUAGUAGUUUAAUGGAUAUAUUCGUGCACCUAUGCACAGUGGACGCGACGUUAUACUUCAUGUGCAAUACCGAAGCGUUCAAGUUCCUCGCAGAGAUGAUACAACACGUGCCGCUGCCGUUACGUGCGCGCUACGUGUUCUGCUGCGCGCCCAUUAACAAUAAGCUACCUUUUGUUUGUGCUACAUUCCUUAAGAUGGUGCGACAAUACAGCCGCAACGAGCCUCUAACGAAGAACUGGAUGUGUAACGCAGUGGACUGGCCACUCCCGGCUCCUAAAACUAUCAUGGACUUAGUGCAUCUCGAAUCCGUGUUUGAUGUCCUAGAACUUUAUUUAUGGCUAAGUUAUCGUUUUGCUGACAUGUUCCCGGAUGUGAAGUUGGUGCGUGACAUGGAACUCGAAUUAGACGCUAUCAUACAGCAAGGAAUAUUCCAAAUUACUAGAUUGUUAAGAAACUCAGAACAAGUACUUCGUGACGACCCGCAAAUUCAAGCUCUGAACAAUAAGAGGGCGAUUCGCGCUGGCUCCUCGCAUACGAGGCCUAAAGGGGAAGAGAGCAAGCCUAAACUCUCUGACAUGCUCGUUGCUAAGGGCCUAAUCACGCCACAGAUGCUCAAGAAACUGCAACAAGAAUUGGCCACAGAUAAAAAACCGGAAAGAAGUAAAAAUAAUAGAAAUAGGAGGAAAUGA